AUGCAACGAAAGAUCAUGUUCUUACUGUCCGAGCUUCUUCCUCGCGAACUGUCAGUAGCUCCAAAUCGGCCGCUGACACUCGCCGCUCCCCGCCGACGAGGAGCUAGGGAAUGUGUACCUCACGCGUUGCCCAUGAGGAGGGCGAGCUCCGUCAUCACCUUCGCCGAUACGGCGGUCUUCUUCGUGGCUGUGACUCCGCCGCCAAGCGGUUGGGGAUUGAGAUUGGAAAUAGGGCCGGUGGGGAAGUUAGGGGUUGGGGAUUGA